UCUAUUUUAACAAUAUUCAGCCCAUCCAGUUUGGAAGAUCUGAAACUGCUAGAUCCCGGGAUGGCGAAGGGCAUGGAAACAUUGCUAGAGGCGAGUGACGAUGACCUUUCCGACUACAGAUUUACAGUGGAUGGACCGGUGAACGAACCGGAGAUCGAACUUAAACCAGGAGGGAAAGACGAGGUCGUGACCACUGCAAAUGUUCGAGAGUAUAUUGAACUUUACGCCAGGCACUACACAGCAUCCUCCCAGUUCAAGGUAUUCAGUAAGAGUUUUCGGAGCAUGUUCGGUUGUUUCGGUCUUCACCAACGUUUCACACCACAAGAGCUGAUGUCAUUAUUCCAAGGAGGGGAAUAUGAUUGGAAGGCCUUUCAAAAAAGCUUUGGUUAUGAUGAGAAAGGCUACACAGCAAACCAUCUCGUGGUCAAGAUGUUUUGGUCAGUGUUCCAUGGUGAUCUCACUGAGGAUGACAAAAGAGACUUUCUGAGAGUCAUGACGGGUGCUGACCAUGUCCCGAUUGGUGGAAUCCAGGAGGUUAGACCUAGGAUGUGGCCCAUGGGAGGAGACAAAGAUUGUAAGGGGAAACCCCCAAAGGACAUGUGCCCUGAAGUGAAUACAUGUCAUGGUUUCAUCGUGCUUCAUCUCCCGAUGUACAGGAAAAGAGAGCAUCUCAAAGAACGACUCAUGAAGCUAAUAGAGAUGAAAGGGCACGGAUUUCAUAAAAUACCAGACUAAACCUUUGACUAGCUGUCGUAGAGAGUUCAACAGUCCCGUAUCCGGACAUUGACAUAUUAAAAAUCUAGUAUCUAAUAUCGAUGUCAAAGAAAAAUAAUUAAAAACUGAUUAAUGAAUUGUAAUGUUGGGUCAAUGAAUAAAGAAAAAGUCAUUAAAUUGUAUGCAAUCGUAUCUGUCAUACGCGGGGGCACUGAAUUCGGUGACACCGACAAACUGACCU